AUGACCAUUGAAGUAGAUAAUUCUCAUCCUGGAAUUGGGCAAAGAAUUAAUUUAACAUUGCAAAAUGUAAUUGCAUUGAAAAAUGCAUUUGAUAAAAUUUAUCAAAAGGAUCCCUUAAAAUUAACUUUUAUGAUAGCACAAAAGAGGCAUUAUAACAGGUAUGAAAAAGUUGAUAGUUAUUUUUAA